CCUUGCUCUGUUAGGGUGUGUUAAUCUUCCUACCCAGCAGCCUGUAAAGAGACAGCUUGCCUGCUCCAUAGAGGAAGGGAAAAACAGAGGACCCACUGACUUGAAUUCCUAAACCAUUUUGCUGAAGCCACGAGGACCCCAUUCCCUGGUGAUUCCUUGCACUGACCAGACUGCGUGAUCCUCCCAAACACCAGCACACCAUGGCCAAGAGAGUUGCUGUGAUCGGCUCUGGCGUGAGCGGACUGACCUCCAUCAAGUGCUGCCUGGAUGAGGGACUGCAGCCCACCUGCUUCGAGAGAAGCAACGACAUCGGGGGGCUCUGGAGAUUCAAAGAAAAGGUAGAGGAAGGCAGAGCCAGUAUCUACCAAUCUGUAUUCACCAAUUCCUCCAAGGAGAUGUCGUGCUUCAGUGACUUUCCGAUGCCAGAACACUUUCCAAACUUCCUGCACAACACCAGAUUCCUGGAAUAUUUGAAACUGUACGCAAAGCGCUUUGAUCUUCUGAAAUACAUCAGGUUCAAGACCACAGUCAUCAGUGUAAGAAAAUGCCAGGAUUUCUCUACCACCGGCCAGUGGAUUGUUGUCACCGAGAGUGAUGGAAAGCAAGAAUCCACCAUGUUUGAUGCCGUUAUGGUGUGCAUGGGUCACCAUAUAGAAUCCUUUAUCCCAGUGCAGUCGUUUCCUGGUAUUGAAAAAUUCAAGGGCCAAUAUUUCCACAGCCGGGAGUACAAGAGCCCCGAAGGAUUUCAGGGGAAGACGGUCGUGGUGAUUGGAAUGGGGAACUCUGCAUCGGAUAUUGCCGUGGAGCUCUGUCAGAGAGCCAAACGGGUGUUCAUCAGCACCAGAGGAGGCUCAUGGGUAAUGAGCCGUGUCUACGACGACGGCUACCCUUGGGACACUGUAUUUCACACCCGAUUUAGCAAUCUGAUCAGAAGUGUCCUGCCUUGGCCCCUUUUGAAACGGGUGUAUGAACAGAAGAUGAACCAAUGGUUUAACCAUGAAAACUAUGGCUUGGUACCUCAGAACAGAGCCCUGAUGAAAGAGCCAGUGUUCAAUGAUGACCUUCCAAGCCGCAUCCUCUGUGGCAGCGUGGUGGUGAAGCCCAUUGUGAAGGAGUUCACCGAAACUGCUGCCAUCUUUGAAGAUGGGACUAUGGAGGAGAACGUGGAUGUUGUCAUCUUUGCCACUGGCUACAGCUUCUCGUUCCCCUUCCUGGAGCAGUCAAUCAUCAAAGUGGAAAACAACGAGGUCGCGUUGUACAAACAUGUCUUCCCCCCUACGCUGGAGAAGCCAACGCUGGCUGUCAUUGGCCUCAUACAGCCGCUUGGGCCCAUCAUGCCAAAUGCAGAGCUGCAGGCUCGCUGGGCUACAAGAGUCUUUAAAGGGCUGACUGAGCUGCCCUCCGAGAACACCAUGAUGACGGACAUUGUCAAGAGGAAAGAGAAGAGGAUCAAGUGGUUUGGUACCAGCCGCAGCCAGACAUUGCAAACCGAUCACAUUGAAUAUCUGGAUGAGCUCGCCGAGGGCUCAGAUGCAAGACCCAGAAUCCUUCCGCUGCUUCUGAAGGAUCCCAAACUGGCCCUGAUGAUUUACUUUGGCCCCUGCAGCCCCUUCCAGUUCCGCUUGACCGGCCCUGGGAAGUGGGAUGGAGCCAGAAAUGCCAUCCUGACCCAAAAGGCACGGAUCAUCAAACCCACAAGAACACGAGUGGUGCACGACUCUUCAAACAACUACCUGGUUUCAUAUUUGCUUAAAAUCUUUGGUCUCAUUGCUCUCUUUGCUGCAAUUUUUGUUAGUCUCCAGUAGUCCUGAGCUCUGUCCUAUGUCAGGUCUCAGCAAUGUGAUGUGAUGCUCUGCCCUCUAUAGAAGUCUUUCCCUUAAAAAAUAACAACCUCCUUGCCAUAUACCAGUCCAUGGGUCUGAUCCAGAGAGGUGCUGAGCAUCUGCAGCUGCUGACUGGCACUAACUAACAUUGUGGCUGCUCAUCAUCACUUUUUAAAAUCGGCCCAUUUGAUUGGAGCUCUCUAGCAAAGCUAUGGGUUUAGGUCAGACUAGAUGGUUGGGUGGUCCCUUCUGGGCCUAAACUCUGCUCCCAUUUCAAUUAACAUGAGGUUGUGUUACUAAAUCCCUUAGGCAGCUUCACUUUGAUCUGUUGAUUUGGGCUCUGUUUAAAUGCCGAGGGCUUGUCUAUACACAAAAGUUGUACCCCUUUGACUGUACUGAUAUCAUUUUACCAGUACAAGCCUCAGCGUUGACAUGACUUUAAUGAAAUAAGGCACCUUUUAUGCCACUAUUGCUGCUUCCUAUAUAUGGGAAGGGGAAUAAUCUAUACUGUUAUAACUGCCUCCACACUGGGGGUUGUACUGGUAUAACUAUUUUAGUAAACAGUUGCUCCCUUACCCAACAUAGUUAUACUGGUACAAAAGCUGGGAGUAGACUAGGCCUUAGUGUGAGAGACUGUUUCUGUUACUCCAAACCUCCCCAUUUCAUAUUUGAAAGCAAGAUCUGAAAUGACAGUAGGGGCAGAAACACAGACCAGUUUUUGCAAGCCAGCAAUUACAGACCAGGCCCUAUCAAUAUCUGUACAGACCAGGGCUUAUCAAUAUCUGUAAAGUGUGCUGUGUCCUUCUCCCUGCAAUGCAAGAAAGUGAGGCCUACCUUCUAAAGUUUCGAACUGUACAUUUAGUUUGGACCUAGAGUUGGACCUGAAGUGGAGCCUCAAUCAACCCCAGCCAACUUCAAUCAACCCAGUCAAGAAAUCUCAGUCCACCCCAGUACUGAAAGAGGCUGGGUGGAGUUUUCAGAAGCACUCAGCUUUGGCCUAACUCUCUUCCCACCGAAGUCAAGGAUAAAACUCCCUUCCUGCACAAGCUAACUUCUCAAAGGCCUCACAAUCCAGGGCUGACGUCUUGGGAGUUCAGAGACACAACUGAAGCUCAACUUCCACUUCAACCCCCAUUAGCUUUGUCUGUCAUGAAACACCUCAUUGACCAACAUACCAGGCGGCCCUCAUCACUGCAGCUCUCCAACACUUAGACAAACCAUUCGUGGGACUUACAGGGUAGCAAACCUGCCAAAUGCAUGGUGGGUGGGAUAACUCUUGUAAUCUAUUCUGGCCUUUCCAUGAUUCGUGCACAAUGUUGCCAGUUACUUGGCCUGCUGGGUAACUUGCUUCUUGUUUCCUGAGAAAAGAUACAACAACAGCUUGAGUCACUCAUCAACUAGCCUGUUAAUAAAAGGCCAGAUUCUCAGUUGAGAUAAACGGUAUCUGGCCCAAAGCCAUGGCAAAAGCUGUAUUUUUGUUAGUGUUGCAUUACUGAUUCUAUAGUCAAGACUGAGAUGGGAGGUUUUUUUCAGUACAAAUUUCUAUCUUUGGUUUCUCAUAAUGAAUUGUUUUCAGGCUCAGACUUGGCAAACUCCCAACUCAGUCUGAAAACAUAUUUUUGGCAAGCUUCAGAAAUGUCAGUUUGAUCUUUUUGUUUGUUUGUUUUUGUUAAUUACAGGAACAUAAAACACAAGUUCAUGUGAGUUCAAGAUGCAUCUUGAGAGACUCUAGUAAUUGAAAGCACUUGGUUUUAAAUGUAAAGACAGGGCUGGUGCAACCAUUUAGGCAAACUAGGCGGCCGCCUAGGGCGCCUAGUGGUUGGGGGCGCCUAAAAGCCCGCUCAGGCGGGGAGGUGGAGUGGAGGUGAGCUGGGGCGAGGGGGGAGCGCAGGGAGGGCCGCCCGCAGUAACGGGGGAGGGGGGCACACAGGGGAACCAGUCCCCGCCCAAGAUCACCUCCACUCUGCCUCCUCCGCUGAGCACACAGCCCCCGUUCUAAGUCUCCUCCAAUCGGCGCCGCAAGCCUGGGAGGGGAGGAGAAUUAGAGUGGCGCUGCGUGCUCAGCGGAGGAGGCGGAGCCAAGGUGAACUGGAGUGGGCUCCCCAAGCGGGGUUAGCUGCCGCGGUGGGGGCUCCCCAGGCAGGGUUAGCUGCUGUGGAGGCGGGCUCCCCGGGCGGGGUUAGCUUCCGUGGAGGGGGGUCUCCCCGGGCGGGGUUAGCUUCCGUGGAGGGGGGAUAGCUGCUGCGGGGGAGGGAGCUCCCAGGAUGGGGGGGGCGCAAGGUGGAAGUUUUGCCUAGGGCGUGAAACUUCCUUGCACCGGCCCUGUGUAAAGAGAUGUGUGGUUGGUGCUUAUCAAGGGGCCCAAUUGUUUUGAUUGUCUUAAAGAAAUACACAAAUUUUUAAACUGACUGAUGCCUACACCUGAUGGUUGAUGUAUGUGCAGUUUUGUAAUAUUCAUGGUACUGCCAAUAACACUUUCACAGUGCUAACAAAAUACUGAUUUCCAAACAGCUGCUAUUCAUGAUUAUAUGCUUAGAGCCACCUUCUAGACUAUAACGCUCAUUGGCUUUGACAGAUUUUUAUGCUAUUUUUAUGAUAUAUGAAAGGAGGGAGACAGGUGUUGGAAAAGUUGUUAGAUUAGGAGAGGGACGGAAAAGUUUUUGAGACCAUCAUAAGUGCAACACAUUAUAGGUAUAUAAUUUCUAUGGUGCUUGCAUAACUUUUACAUAUCGUCUUCUGGGCCCUGGUGGAAAGGGACUGAAGCCUAUGAAAUGGGAAAGUAUUUGAUGGUGUAUCUUUUUUCCUUAGUGUUUGAGGGAAUUCAGUGUAAAAACUCUUAGUGCCACAUAUGAGAUUUUAAAACCACCAAAUUCAGGAAGUUAAGAACUACAGUUUCUACAGUAACUUUGCCCUUAUCCACGCAGCAAAUUACCAUAGCUGCUGGAACUAGGGGUGCUGCUGCACGCUCUGGCUUGAAUGGUUUCCAUUAUAUCCAGGGUUUACAGUUUGGUUCAAUGGGUCUCAGCUCCUCCUAUAAAUUGUUCCUGCCCCCCUGCAAGUUACACUACAUUUAACUAAAAGUGUGAAUUUAAACUGACUUAAUAAAACUGGAGCUAGCUUCUGUAUGGAACCUCUUUUAAGAGCGACUUAGUUCAGUUCAGUUUAAAUGAAUUAGGAAAAAGCUAACAGGCUGAAGCUAACCUAAACUAGGCACCCUUAAAGUUCACUAAGGGGAUUGCAAUAGUUUCACUAAACUGGUUUAAUUAAGCCAUUUCCAGUUUGUGGGUAGACCAGGCCUUUCACUCUGCCACUUGAAGCUAUGCAGUAAAGUAGAAGGUUUCAUUAUAGGAUCACAUGAUACUAACUAAUUGCAUUAAUAAUAAGCACAGACUUGGGAAGGGUGUGGAAGGGAAACACAUACUGCCUUCUUAUCAAGGUAGCUUUACUCUAGGAACAAAAACUUGCUUCUCUAACACACUGUUCCUGCUAAUACCAAUGCCCAUCAGGUGGUAUACCUGACCUGUUGCGAGCAGCCAGGUCUCUAUUGAUGUACUACAUAACAAGCAAUAAAAUGAAUUCCUGUGA